AAAUUCACCUCAAUCCCUUUAAAAAAAUCACAUCAACUCUCUCCAACUCCAAAUCCCAUCAUGGCCCUCCAAAACCUUGUAGCCAUCUCCUUUGCCUUCGCCCUCCUCCUAUCAAACCCCAUGCUAACAAAAUCACAGGAAGUUGAGGAUGAGAGGGAGUUCAGUUAUGUGACCGGAACCGAGAACGGGCCGGAGCACUGGGGCGAGAUCCACAAGGAGUGGUCCGAGUGCGGCAAGGGCGAAAUGCAGUCUCCUAUUGAUUUGCAUCACCAGAGGGUUCAGGUUCUUGAUUACCUGGGCCCACUCACGCGAAAGUAUCAGCCAGCUGACGCUGUGAUGGUGAAUCGAGGACACGAUAUAAGUGUGAAAUGGGAAGAGGGGGCAGCAGGAGGUAUUUUGUUGAACGGGACGGAGUAUUUUCUAAGGCAAUUGCAUUGGCAUGCUCCUUCUGAGCACUCCAUCAAUGGAGUCAGAUACUCUUUAGAGCUGCACAUGGUUCAUCAGAGUGCGGAUAAGAAAAUAGCCGUUGUCGGCAUUAUGUACAAAAUUGGUCGGCCUGAUCCCCUCCUAGCAAAGAUGGAGCAUUACAUUACAAUGCUGAAGGAUGCGGAGGGAGAAGAGGAAAAAUUGGGCAUGAUAGAUCCAGAGGAUGUCAAGUGGGGGAGCAGAAAGUACUACAGGUACAUGGGAUCCCUUACAACUCCCCCUUGCACCGAAGGGGUCAUGUGGACCAUCAUCAAAAAGGUGAGGACCGUAUCAAGGGAGCAGAUUCACUUGCUGAGGGAAGCAGUGCAUGAUGAAUCGCAGAUGAAUGCGAGACCUAAGCAGGAAAUUAAUGACAGGGUGAUUGGCUUGUAUCGUCCCCGCAAAGUUCGAUAUUAAUUAGACGGGAGAUAAUGAUUAAUAUAUAUAUAUAUAUAUAUAUAUACCUUUUAUAUGCAACUAUGUUGGACAUGAAGGGUAUAUCUGAAAAUAAAAUAGGUGCAAGCUGUCCUAGACGUCCAGAAUCACUCUUACAGGUUUAAUUAAUUUAUAUGUUUUUUCUUGGAGAUAAUAAAAUGAGUGUCAUUUGAAUA